AUGUAUGCGUCCUCUCUGAAUGCCGCAGUGCGACAUUCAGUUCAAGAAAUUCUAGAAAUAUUGGUUCGAGGACUUAUUAAAAGUAAUGCUACUACUAAUAAUCCUCCAGCUGCUGCUUCUUCCGCACCGCAACCAAGUGUUACGGUGACAAUCAAUGGCACACAGCAAGUAUAUCCUGCUCUCGAUCAAACACCCGAUCCAAAUGAUCCUGAAAUCCAAGCAUAUUUGAAGACAUUAGAUUUAAGUCAAGUCCCAAACCUUCCACGUUCUAAUGGUGGUGUAGUCAAUCAUAAUCAACCCAGUUGCAAUGGUUCAACCCAAAUCGCUGAAAACCAGGGUUCUUGGACCUGUCAAAAGUAUACUGCUCACGAUGAUAUUCAACAAUGUCCAACAGUAGGAAAUUGGGGGGUAACUUAUGAUGAUGGCCCAUCAGUGGCGACGCCGUUGUUGUUGGAUGAACUAGAUCAAGUCAAUUUGAAAGCCACGUUCUUUGUUGUUGGUAGCCGCGUAGUUUCUAAUCCUCAGAUUCUUUUAGACACUUGUAAAAGAGCUGUUCUCUGGGUUCCGAAUUUUGAUAGCAAUGAUUGGAAACUUACCACCGUCCCACCUGAACCAAUCAGCGUUGUAAUCGAUACUUUUCAUAAUUGGACGAAAAUAUUCCCGACUAUGUCUACAGGAUUUAUUGUUCUUCAACAUGAUCUUUAUAAUGAAACAGUAAAGGCUGCAAUUGAAGUCCUAAAAUUAGCUGUCAAUGUUAAAGAUUUAAAGAUGACUACGAUCCCUCAAUGUUAUGGAGAUACCAAACCCUACUUAGAACUUGGAGGUGACCCCAAAUUAGUCGUAGGUGAUAAUAAUUCCACUCAAGCACCUAAUGCCACAUCAACACCCGCAUCGGCCUCAUCAACCCCAUCAACCCCAUCAGAAAAACCAGAUAAACAAACAUCCAAAUCAGCAGCUGAUUCAUCCACUACCCAAAAAGCCUCUAGUG